AUGACUUUCAAGGCUCUCCUCUUCGACGUUCGCUUGGCGACCAAGGUACACGUUGUGCAACUUCUGCUGGUAGUUGUUGUCUUGGCCCUCGCCGGCUAUAAAGGAACCAUCAACACCCCUGUCUCCGGAGGCGCUGGCCAGAUCACGCCAAUCACAGCUAGUGUCAAGAGCAUCAUCUGCAUCCUUUACGAGCUCCUCACUCGCCAUGUGGCCGGACUCCAAAAGUUCGGCAGGCUAGGUGUCUACAGGGUCCUCAACGUGGUGGAUUUUCUCUUGUGGGGUGCUGUUGCCGGCCUGGUGGCCUACUCUGCUUCGCGGUACUGCGUCGGCGAAGCAUGCUCGAUCACCCAAGGGAUCAUCGCUCUCGCCGUUUUCAUUUGCGUGCUCUCAAUCCAGCCAGCUUGUGCUACAAUCAAGGAAAAACGCGACGUGAAGAACGCCUCCAGGGCAUACGAUGCCGAGAUGGCAAGACCGCGCCACUGA